UCCAGAGGAUGCUCACGUAAAUUUCUCAUAACAAUUUCCAAUAAAUACCAUAAAAGAAAAACCCACCUCAGGGGUUUUUGCAGUAAAACCCUAGUUCCAGUUUACCAUCUGAGUUUCCGAGUAGGAGCUACAGCAAUAGCAGCCGCAGCAGAUUCAACCAUCAAUUUCUGGCCUGAGCGUCUACACAAGUAACGAUGGCAGAGGAAACCCAAAUGCGAGAAUCAGUAAAACCUUUUAAAAAGAGAAAAUCAGGGCACAAGAAAGGCGGCAACUUCAAGAAGAAACAAAAACAGUUUCUGGGCAAUAAAGAAAAAGUGAAAAAAAUAGACCCCAGAUUGAAGAAAUUGCUUAGAAAGAAGGCACGCGACUACAAUUCUGAUGAUGACAACGAGGAUGAGACUGCUCACGCGAGCGAAGAUGAUAACGCAGAUUCCAUGGAUGAUGAUGUAAGUAGUGAUGAUGGCAAGGAGAAAAAGAAUCUGGGGAUUGAGAUUGAAGGGUCUGAGAAUGAAGAUGAUGAUGAAAUUCCGCCUGGAAUUACAAAGUUUAGUGAGGGUUGUAGGGCAUUUAGGAUCGCUUUCAAGAGUAUUAGUAAGAAGGCCAUAUCUGAUGAUUCAUUGGGACCUGUUUUAUCGGGUCACAAGACACUUGUAGCAGAAAAGCUUGCUGAGGAGGUAGCUGAAAGGAGAGUGAAGGGUGAGGCUAAGAAGGAAAAACAUUUGGUGGGAGAGAAGGGGCAUGUAAAACCUGCUAACUAUUUAGAUGCUCAUGAAAAGUUUCUAAUAAGUGUGGCUACAAAAGGAGUUGUCAAGUUAUUUAAUGCUGUUAACAAGGCACAAAAUGCACAGAAAGGAUUGAAUCCUUCAAGGUCAAAAGAUGCUAAAGUGAUAAAGAAGCGAAGGAAAGAACGCUUCUUUUCGGAGCUGGGCAAGACAUCAGUUGCUGACACUUCAACUAAGGUUCAUGCAUCUUCUGGUGAAGGGCCAUCUUGGGCUCCAUUACGUGAUAACUACAUGCUAACAAAUUCCAAGUUGAAAGACUGGGAUAAGAUGCCGGAUAAAGUUGCACACGAUGACAUUGGAAGGAUGUCCGAGGAUAGCAGUUCUGAUGAUGAUUGAUAUUGUGGAGGAUCAUAGGAAGGAUGUCUGAGGAUAGCAGCUCUGAUGAUGAUUUGUGGAGAACUAGGAUCUUUAAUUUUUUUUUCUGGGAAAACCUUGUGUCAGGUUUGGAAAAUUGUAUGAUGUUGUCAAUGCACAUGAAUUUUUGGUCUUGCUUCUUCUGCUGCUUUGUAAUGGUUAUCGAUUAUUAGUAUUGUAUAUGAAUGCUUAAAGCUAAACCAGUAAUUGUUUUCUCGUC